CUAGUGUUAGUUCUGGUUGCGUCCUCACUUAUUUGGAGGGAAACCCAGAGUUCGCCUGUGACCACGAUCCUGAUUUGGGUGUAAGGAAUUAACGAAUUAACUCCUGUCUGACGUAUACAUAUACGACCUUUGCCUGCUUAUCAACUUUUUUCAAUCUGCGUUGAAGACAACCAGUUGGCACGCAAAAUGUUUCCCCCGCUAGUUUUCAAGCACGAACACAUGUUGGUGUGUUAUAGGUAUGAAAACAAAAUCUGAAAGACUUGAGGCGAAACUUAAAAAGAAGAAACAAGUUAAAAUAAAACCGGGCGCCGAAUUACAGAAACAUCGCGUGAAUGCCAGAGAGGUUAUACUGUACUCAAACGCGACCCCCAUACGAUGCCGCGGCGGUGUCGGCUAUGCUUGCUGCUUCUGCAAAGAUCAGUUUCCUGACCCUGGAGACUUGAAAAGGCAUACCAAUGAAUCACACGAUGACAGUGAAAAGUCCACUUUCAUGAAAGGAAGAGACAUGAUAAGUUAUGUUGUAAAACUAGAUAUUACCGCGCUAAAAUGUAAAAUUUGUGAUGAAAAUAUUGACACAGUAGAAGCUAUGAUAGAACAUUUGAAUGCUAGUCAUAAUCAUGAGACGUUUCCUGAUGUAAAAAAUCAUAUUUUGCCUUUCAAAUUCGAAGGUGAUACGUUAAGAUGUUUCAUGUGCCUAAACGUUUUCAAUAAAUUCAAAGUUCUUCAAGAACAUAUGAAUACACAUUAUAGAAAUUUUGUUUGCGAUGUAUGUGACGCUGGAUUUGUUAACAGACAUAUACUUUAUUGUCACACUGAAAUACAUAGGAUAGGGAGCUUCAAAUGCGACCAUUGUCAGCUAGUAUUCGAGACAGUAAGAAAACGGAAAUUCCACAUUAGAUCGGCACAUGGUGACAUGAAUUUGCACAAAUGCGGCUACUGCAAUCAGAGGUUCAGAGAAAACUGGUACAAAAACGAGCAUUUGGCUGAAGUUCAUGGUGUUAAGAGCCCUAGUGUCAAAUGCCAAGCGUGUGAUAAAGCAUUUGACACACGGCAAGGAUGGUUGCUUCAUACCAAGAGGGUGCAUUUGAUGCAGAAGCAACAUAAAUGUAGUGAAUGCGAGAUGGAGUUUUUCUCCAAAAGGGAGCUCAACGAUCAUGCCGUGAAGCAUACGGGUUCUAGGGAACAUCAGUGUGAAAUCUGUAUGAAAUUCUAUGGGAGAUUAAAGACCUUAAAAGAUCAUAUGAGGAGAGUACAUGCGGAUAGACAGUUCAAGUGCAUGAAAUGCGAGCUGUCUUUCAUGCAGAAGUCGCGAUUAAGAAUACAUUUGACGUCAAAGCACAAAGAAGAUUUAAAAUCUGUGUCUGAAGAAAACCAGCAAUAAAUUGUGUCUAGAAGAACACGACAUAUCUUUCAUUUGUUUGUAGGGAUUUUGGUGUUUUGAAUUUAUCCUUUUUUUAGGUGUUAUGCUUUAGAAACUACGUGCUACACUCAACUGUGGUGUGGUUGAUAUAUUACUUAGGUCAAACACGCUCAAAAAUAAGAGAAGAUGAUAACGGACAAACUGAGAAAGUACCAUUAUUGAAAGAAUCUAGAAAACAACAGGAGAAUUUAAAGAAU